AUGAACUUAACACCUCCGGAUCCAAACAUCAAAAAACCUCGUAACCCAAAGGGAGCCAAUCCCCAAGAUAUGACCGAACAGAUGGAGAUACAGCCAGAAACAGCGACCAUAAUAAUAGAAGACAAGGAGCAACAAGGACAAAAUAGAAGACUGAAAAGAAAGCAAAAACCAGGACAAUACAUUAAGUGUUAA